UUAGAGAGGUUGAGAGAGAGAGAGGCAAACUCUUUCUGGGCAGAGUGGGUGGGAGAGAGUCUGUGAGACUGUUCAGUGGGAGAUUCUUCCCUCUUUUUCUCACGAUGGGAUUCAUUCAAAGAGAAAAGGAAAAAUGAUAGUGCUCAUGUUGGAUCUCCCUUUUCAGAAAUUUUUGUUCAAGCUCUGUUUGUCUUCUCUCAUAAUGUUUGAUUCCAAUCCCACCUUUCUUCCUUCCUUACUUUCUGUUACUCAAGUGAAGUCACAUCCCAUUUGACUCUUUCACCUUCAUGAGUCUGGGUUUCUAAUUCUCUCUUAAAGAUUGGAUUUUUCUGGGAGAUACUGAUAGACAGGGAGUGAUGGAGAUAACAGAAGCAGCUGAGCAACCAAGCUCCAAAGGCCAAGCAUGGUUUUGCACAACUGGGUUACCAAGCGACAUUGUGGUCGAAGUUGAAGACAUGGCCUUUCAUCUUCACAAGUUCCCUCUUAUGUCGAAAAGUCAAAAGCUUCACAACCUAAUCGAAGAGCAAGAGGCCAACCCAACACACCCGCAACAAGAGCUAGAAGAAGAGCCGGACGAAAUUGAAGAAGUCCAGUGCCAAAUAGUCCUCCCAAACUUCCCGGGCGGCUCCGAGACCUUCGAAAUCGCCGCCAAAUUCUGCUACGGCGUCAAAAUCGACCUCAACUCGACCAAUGUGGGACCCCUCCGCUGCGCCGGCGAGUAUCUAGAGAUGACAGAAGAGUACUCCGAAGACAACCUCAUCUCCAAAACCGAAAGAUUCCUCUCCCAAGUUGUCUUCAAGAGCUUUAAAGAGUCCAUCAAGGCCCUGAAAUCCUGCGAGCGCGUCACGCCACUAGCGGAAACCUUAGGCAUUACGCAGAGGUGUAUCGAUUCCAUAGCCAACAGAGCCACCAACGCCGAUCCGAGCCUGUUCGGCUGGCCGGUCAAUGAGGUCGCCCCGAACCCAAACACAUCAAAGCACCAGAUUCUGUGGAAUGGGAUUGACACUGGUAAUGGAAGAAGUAAAGGGCUUUCUAGAGCUAACCAUCCAGAUUCUUGGCUCGAAGACUUGGUCCUCUUAAGCCUACCAUUCUUCAAGAGAUUGAUUCUAGCAAUGAAGGGCGGAAAUCUCAGCCUUGAAAUGGUGGAGACUUGUUUGAUGCAUUACGCCAAGAAAUACAUCCCCGGAAUCUCAAGAUCGACUCGAAAGCCUUCUUCUUCUUCCACCACCACCACCACAAAUUCUAGCUCCUCUUUAGCUUCGGAGAGCCAGCAGAGAGAGCUAUUGGAGACUAUAAUAUCCAACCUUCCAUUGGAGAAAACACCAAGACCUUCAACCAGUGCGAGAUUUCUAUUCGGGUUGUUGAGAACUGCGAAUAUCUUGAACGCCUCGCAGGGAUGUAAAUAUGCAUUGGAGAAGAAGAUUGGGUCGCAGCUGGAGCAAGCGAGCUUAGACGAUUUGCUCAUUCCGAGCUAUUCGUAUCUGAAUGAGACUCUAUACGACGUCGACUGUGUGGAGAGGAUUGUUGGGUACUUUCUGGAUGGAAUGGGUCAGAGAAACAGUAACGGAGAUGGAAUUAAUGAAGACGAAGACGAAGACAGAGAUAUUGAAGAUGCUAGAUCACCGGCGUUGAUGCUUGUCGGGAAGUUAACAGACGAGUAUCUGUCUGAGAUUGCUUCGGAUGCAAAUUUGAAGCCGGAUAGGUUCUAUAACUUCGCAAUGGCGCUGCCGGAACAGGCCAGGCUCUUCGACGACGGGCUUUACAGAGCUGUCGAUGUUUAUCUCAAGGCUCAUCCAUGGAUUUCAGAACCGGAGCGGGAGCAGAUAUGUGGGAUUCUGGAUUGCCAGAAGCUGACAUUGGAGGCCUGCACGCACGCGGCGCAGAACGAACGGUUGCCGCUACGUGCUGUCGUGCAAGUCUUGUUCUUUGAGCAGCUUCAGCUCCGUCACGCGAUUGCGGGUACCCUGAUAGCCGGGGAGGUUGCGUUGCCGGAGUCUAGUAGGCCCUCGGUGUUGCAGAGAGAGGCGGAGAGUGAGGAGGAAGGUGGCGCGGUGGAGGCACGCGCGGAGGAAGGAGGAGGUGGCGGCACGUGGAGGUCGGCUGUGAGGGAGAAUCAAGUGCUGCGGUUGGACAUGGAUAGCAUGAGGACGCGGGUCCACCAGCUGGAGCGGGAGUGCUCCAACAUGAAGAAGGUGAUCGGGAAGAUUGACAAUAAGCCACCGCCCGGUCAACCCGAUGGGCGAGUUGGAUGGAAAGGCUCGUUGACCCGGCGGUUCGGGUGCAAGUUCAAGACCCAAGUAUGCGAUUCACACGAGCCAACGGUCGGGGACGGGCGGAAAGGGCGGCGCCACCACCAUCAUCAUCAAUAAUAGGGCUCGACACAUUGAACUGAAGCCUCGUAAAUUUUAUUUUUGUUUGUAAUUGACGCUUUCGCUGUAAUGAUAGGUCGCGGAUUUGACACAUCGUUUGAGGGACACAUGAGAAGAUAUGAUAUGUUAUUAUUGGGGUGAAAUCAUCAAAGCAAAAGCGUUACAUAGGAAUAGUGCAAAUGUGACCUUUUCAUGCAUUCUUUGCUUUAGCUUUUGCUUUUUUUGAUUGAAAGUUCUAAGGAGUUAGUAUGACUUUAAGAACCCCCCGGAGUAUACAUAAUCGCUGGACAAAAGUCCA